UUCAAACACACUCACGCGCUCUGGGAAUGUACUUGGAGACCAAAAAGGAGCAUUUCGACCUUUUCAUGCUGUAGAGUUGAGAGACCAAACUUCACUUUGCACCGUCAGGCUCGUUUUGGUGCCGUUUAAAGCGCGGACUUGUUUGCAGAGGCCGUUUUGCGACGGAGAAGACUGUGCGUAAAUCUCUCCAAACCGAGUUUUACGCGCCGGUGCAGAGAGAGCGCGCGCGCGAGAGAGAGAGAGGUACAGAGGCAGAGAGAAAGAGAGACAGUCAGCUGUGCACUUCAUCCAAAGAGACUUUACUCCAACUCAUCCUGGCAAGUUAGACUCACUUUCGCAGACGUUUUCCUCGCCUGAGAACGCACUUUUUCAUCCUUCGAUUCACGUGUAAUUUUGGUUGAGAAACGGUCUGCGUAUGAAUCUCCUCGACCCAUACCUGAAGAUGACGGAGGAACAGGACAAGUGUCUCUCUGACGCCCCGAGCCCUAGCAUGUCCGAGGACUCCGCGGGCUCCCCGUGCCCGUCCGGGUCAGGCUCCGACACCGAAAACACCCGGCCGUCCGAGAACGGAAUCCUGAGGGCGGACGGAACCCUGAUCGACUUCAAGAAAGACGAGGACGAUAAGUUUCCCGUUUGUAUCCGGGAUGCUGUGUCCGCGGUGCUCAAGGGCUACGACUGGACUCUGGUGCCCAUGCCGGUACGCGUGAACGGAUCUACGAAGAACAAGCCUCACGUCAAGAGACCAAUGAACGCCUUCAUGGUCUGGGCGCAGGCUGCGCGCAGGAAGCUGGCGGAUCAGCACCCGCACCUGCACAACGCUGAGCUCAGCAAAACUCUGGGGAAACUCUGGAGACUACUUAACGAGGUGGAGAAGCGGCCGUUCGUGGAGGAGGCUGAGCGCCUGCGGGUGCAGCACAAGAAGGAUCACCCGGACUACAAGUACCAGCCCAGACGCAGAAAGUCUGUGAAGAACGGACAGAACGAUCCAGAGGACGGCAGCGAGCAGACACACAUCUCCCCAAACGCCAUCUUCAAGGCUCUGCAGCAGGCGGACUCUCCCGCCUCCAGUAUUGGAGACGUGCACUCACCGGGUGAGCACUCAGGCUCCCAAGGACCCCCUACACCCCCGACCACCCCAAAGACUGAUAUCAGCUCAGGCAAGGUUGACCUAAAGCGUGAAGGUGGUCUUCGCUCCCUGCCCGAUGGACCCGGCGGUCGCCAGCUCAACAUCGACUUCCGUGACGUGGACAUUGGCGAACUCAGCAGCGACGUCAUCUCCCACAUCGAGACCUUUGACGUCAACGAGUUCGACCAGUACCUGCCACCAAACGGGCACCCAGGCGUGCCGGGCAACACCACGCCCGUCAGCUACACUGGCACUUACAGCAUAACCAGUGGUCCCCCGCUCAGCCCACAGACGGGGGCUGCCACAGCCUGGAUGACCAAGAGCCAGACCCAGCAGGGACAGCAGCAGCAGCAGCAGCAGCAGCACACCCUGACCACCCUGGGCGGCAGCAGCAGUAACAGCAGCUCAGACGCAGCUCAGCACAGGACACAGAUCAAGACGGAGCAGCUGAGUCCCAGCCACUACAGCGAGCAGCAGGGGUCCCCCCAGCACAUCUCCUACAGCCCCUUCAACCUGCAGCACUACACCUCCCCCGCCUCCUACACGGCCCUCUCCAGGGCGCAGCAGCAGCAGCAGCAGCAGCAGCAGCAACAGCAGUACGACUUCUCCGACCACCAGGGGGGCGGAGGCAACACCACCACCCCUGCCUCCUCCUACUACAGUCACGCAGGGGCGGGGCAAGGCUCGGGGCUGUACUCGACUUUCAGCUACAUGAGCAGCCCCAGUCAGAGGCCCAUGUACACGCCCAUAGCCGACAACUCGGGAGUGCCCUCCAUCCCCCAGAGCAGCCCACAGCACUGGGAGCAGGCUCCGGUUUACACCCAGCUCACCAGACCCUGAGCCAUCAAACUUCACACACACACACACACACACACACACACACACACACACUGACAGACACAACAUGUACAGACACACACACACACACACUCCCUUAAAUCAGACACUUGAAUUGACAGCAGAGGAAGAGGAGGAGAGCUGGACUUUGUGAUUGGCUCACGCCGUGCCUUGCUAUUGUAUCAUGACAGAAAUUAUAAAUUUAUAAAAAAUUAUAUCUAUUUUUAGAGAGAAGAAAAAGACUUAAGAGAAUCCUCUGUGAGGACUUAUGGCUGUUGAUAUUUCAGUAGGUACUGCAUAUUUUUAUGUCCAUUGUUUAUGUUUUUCUUUAGACCCAGAGAGCAAAAAUAUCAUGGAACCACAUCUGGUACAUUUUCACAUCCAUUUGGCCCAUGGUGAUGUCAAAAAACUCAUUAGGUACAAGUGACUGACCCGGUAAUCUAUUUCAGUGACCCACAUCUGGUAUGCACAGCAUGGAUACCAGAGUUCAGGUUUGGCCGACAUGUAGCCCACAUGUUGGAUACCUGAUUGGACACUGAAUGAACCAAAUCCCUGUAAGUAACUAGUCUCAUUGGAUGCACUUACCCUGAUAUAUCAACAGGGACAUUUGGGAGACAAUACUCCACGAAUUCUGGGUCUCUAGACCCCCUAAUUGAUUCCUAGUGACAUAUUUGCUUUUUCCAAUGUAACAGGUGGACAACAUCUGGGUCUUGACCAGGGGCCACAGCUUUAGGAUGUGGCCCACAUGCUGGAUUCCCGGAUUCCAUACUUGGGCCACCAAAGCAUCUAGUUAUUGCUACAUAUAAUGUGACCAAGUGUGUAAUGUGACCAAGUGUGGACCAUGUUAGCUCAGAGUCUACUACUCAAGUCGGAGUUAGUAAUGUUGGAUGCUUGGCAAAAGUGGGCCACAUCUGUAUCCAAUCUGGGUUUGCUGAUGGUCUGUAAUCCAUUGGGGGUUGGUUUGGGGUGGUUGGGAGCAGGGAAGGGGGGAGGGGGGUAAUUAUUCUGUACUCGUGGAUAUAACAACACCAAGAGCUUUGAUAGUAUUUUAACCAGUUGUGCGUCUUUUCUGUGCCAACUUUCCGGUUUGUUUGACCACAGAACUGAUGAUGCUUUGGCGUUUCUUCUUCUUCGUGUCCAAACGUGUGUCAUGACUUUGUACAACCAGCAGGUGACACAGCAGAACCCCUGCAGAGACAGAGACACUGCAGCCCCUUCCCUCAAACCCUCUGUGCCUUGGAUUUUUUAACAUUUUCUGCAACUUUGUUCUAACUGGCCACAGCUGAGAUUACACUUACCGUCUAACAGCGUGUGUUUGACGGCUACAGGAAGUCACCUUUGACCUCUGCAGGCUCCCACCAUGCUGUAUUCACCCUCUUGCCUCCCCCUCCGCCCUAACUGUCCCACAGAUUCCCAUUUUGAAACUUUAAUUAUUUAUUAGCCUUAAUUUUAUUUCAAAAAGUGAUUAUUUUACAUUCUAGUCAUUUUUUGUGUCCUCUCUAGACUUCACAUAAUUUUCCUUUUAUUUCUUAAAUGUUGGAUUUUACACCCAGGGGGUAUUUAGAAAAAAAAAAAGGUACACGCUGUAAUCAACAUCUUUUUUUGUUUAUUUAUCUUAAUGAAAUGUCUAUUUUAUGUAUGUAUUUGUGUUUUUCUGAGGAUUAUCUUAAAAAAUGUGUACAAUUUAUCUUUUGCUAUUUGUGAAUUUCCUUUUGACUUUCAACUUUUGAAAACUGGAAGAGACAUCCGAGUUAUGACUUUAUCUGUUGAAUUUAGAUUCUUUUUUAUUUCUUUCUCCAAAUAUCCAAGAACUGAACGGAUGAUUCCAUUAUUUCCUUGUGUAUUUCCUUCUUCUUUUCGCCAUGUAUUUGUACUGUCUUCAA